UUUCCUCUGUGUCAGCCACAGAGUCCAGGCUCCCGAGUCCUAAGAGGAUCUGGGCGAGGAUCACACCGUCACCCCUGUGCCGGUCCCAGAAGCAGGAGGCCUGAGACGGGAAGUGUCACGGGGCAGCACGAGGAGUUCAGCCCAGCACGGAGCCCAGACACCUGAUGGAUCCACACACUUUCAGUUCCUACUUUACAAAUGACCCUUCUAUCUUUGGGCAACAUAAAACCUACCUGUGUCACGAGGUAGAAGUUCUGGAAGGUGACUCCUGGGUCCCACUGGACCACUACAAAGGCUUCCUGCAUAACCAGCCCCGGGAUAUGCCCAGUGGCUAUGGGGGCCGCCACGCAGAGAUGUGCUUCCUGGACCAGGUUGGUUCCUGGCGGCUGGACCCAGCCAAGCACUACAGGGUCACCUGCUUCGUAUCCUGGAGCCCCUGUUUCACCUGUGCCCACCAGGUGGCCAAGUUCCUAAGCAGGAGCAGCCACGUGAGCCUGCGGGUCCUGGCUGCCCGCAUCUAUGAUCUCUUCUCUGGAUAUGAGGAGGGGCUGAGCACCCUAUGGGGGGCUGGCGCCCAAAUCGCCAUCAUGACCUCUGCAGACUUUGAGCACUGCUGGGACACCUUUGUGGACCACCAGGGAAGGCCCUUCCAGCCCUGGCAGGGGCUGGAUGAGCACAGCCACUCCCUGAAGAAUAGGCUGCGGGACAUUCUCCAGCCUUAGGCAGCUGGCAGGACCAUGUGCUGAGCAGGAGGAUGAGGCACCUUCUUUCAGGACACAUAAAGGGACAGCCACGGAGAUCUGCAGAUGACCCAUAGAGACCAGCAAAAGCGACGAGCUCACAAGAAAUGCAUUUUUUAAAAAAUCAGAAUUCAUUAAUUCUUACUUGAAAAUUGACCUCAUGCUUCAAGUAUGCAGUGUCCCAUAGCCUCAGCACUCUCACAUGGCUUGGCAACGUGCUGAUGAAAUGAUUACUUUUGCUACUUUCAUAUCUAGACCAAUAGACAAUGUGUUAGUUAUCUUCCAUAGUUUGUUUCCUCUGUACCUGUAUC